AUGGGCAACAGCAGCUCCAUCACCCACUUCCUCCUCCUGCCAUUCCCAGGCACAAGGCAGCUGCAGCUCCUGCACUUCUGCCUCUUCCUGGCCAUCUACCUGGCUGCCCUGCUGGGCAAUGGCCUCAUCAUCACCACCAUAGCCUGGGACCACUACCUCCACACCCCCAUGUACUUCUUCCUCCUCAACCUCGCCCUCACUGAUAUAGGCUGCAUCUCUACCACUGUUCCCAAAUCCAUGGCAAAUUCUUUCUGGGACAGCAGGGCAAUCUCUUACACAGGAUGUGCUGUUCAGGUCUUUUUUGUAUUCUGCUUGUUUGCAGCAGAGUUUUCUCUCCUCACCAUCAUGUCCUACGAUCGCUAUGUUGCCAUCUGCAGACCCCUGCACUAUGAGACCCUCCUGGGCAGCAGAGUUUGUCUCCACAUGGCAGGAGCUGCCUGGUCCUGUGGGGUUCUCUUUGCUCUGCUGCACACAGCCAAUACAUUUUCCCUGCCUCUCUGCCAGGGCAAUGUUGUGGACCAGUUCUUCUGUGAAAUCCCCCAGAUCCUCAAGCUCUCCUGCUCCACAUCCUACCUCAGGGAACUCUGGCUUCUUGUGGUCAGUGCCUGUUUAGUCUCUGGCUGUUUUGUGUUCAUGGUGGUGUCCUAUGUGCAGAUCUUCAGGGCAGUGCUGAGGAUCCCCUCUCAGCAGGGACGCCACAAAGCCUUUGCCACCUGCCUCCCUCACCUGGCUGUGGUCUCCCUGUUUGUCACCACUGCCAUCUUUGCCUAUUUGAAGCCCUCUUCUAUCUCCUCCCCACCCCUUGACCUGGUGGUGGCAGUUCUGUACUCGGUGGUGCCUCCAGCAGUGAACCCUCUCAUCUACAGCCUGAGGAACCAGGAGCUCAAGGCUGCCCUGAGUAAAAUCAUGGAGCAGAUCCUCCUGAAGGCACUACUGUCUCAGAAGAAUAGUGAAGAGAAGGACCCAGACAAAAUCUGGGAGGAGAAGCAGCACCCAGAGAUCAAGUUGGAGCAGCCAAAGAUCAGUUUGAAGGGAGAGGAGAAGGAGGAGAAAGAGGACAAGAUGGAGGAUGGUGAUGCUGAGAAGAAUGAUGACUAUGAUGAUGAUGAGUAUGAAGAGGAGGAUAACCAUGAGGAUGAAGGGGGCAAUCUCAUUGCUCACCGCCGCACCCACACCGGUGAGAGACCGUUCACCUGUGCUGACUGUGGCAAGAGCUUCAGCCGCAGUGAUCAUAUCAUUGUUCACCGCCGCACCCACACCGGAGAGAAACCUUUCACCUGUGCUGACUGUGGCAAAAGCUUCAGCCUCAGGGGUCAUCUCAUUUCCCACCGCCGCACUCACACCGGUGAGAAGCCAUAUACCUGUGCAGAUUGCG